AUGCGGGGACCUGAGCGCCCCUCCUCCAUCAGCUGAUAUAUUGUCAGCCCGCUUCUGGCAGGAAGUGCAUCCCUCGCCGAGCUGGACCAUGAGGAGAAGAAGCCCGUUUAAAGGGAGACACGGGAACAACGAGCCGAGCUUUUGACGGAUCCCACACAAAAACGCUGAAUGAUUUCAUCAAAUCUUAUUGUAGGAGAAACACGGGGAGAUGGACGGAGCCAGACGAGGGCGGCCGUGGGGGAAGCUGGUCAGAGUGGACUCCAGUGAGACCGUCCUGCUUUUCAACAGGGAAUGCACGGUUGGCAGAAAGAAAGGAUGUUAUUUGUCCUUUCCUUCCAGCAAGCUCGUCUCAGGGGAGCACUGCAAGAUUAUUCAGGAUGAAAGUUCAGGGCUAGUGUGGCUUGAAGACAUGAGCACGAAUGGCACAGUGAUCAACAUGUCCAAACUGGUCAAGAAACAAAGUCACAUGCUGCAGAACGGAGAUGUCAUCUACUUUGUGUACAGGAAGAGUGAACCCGACCAAAACAUUGCCUAUGUUUACCAUUCACUCAACUCGGAGCAAACUAUUUCACAACAAAGUUUUGAGAUGGAGAGAUCAGCCCACAGUCCGGCCCCUGUUCCAGCUUCAGAGAUGUCACUCUCCGUGGAGCCUGUACUGCUCACAAAGGCUCCACGGGAUCUGACUCAGGAGGACCCUCAGCCCUCCACCUCCCACUUCUGUAUUGAGAUCCCCACCAGUUCUGGCCCCAUGGCAACUGCAACCUGCCCUGCCGCUGGCCAAGCCAACGAAGCCUCAGUGCUGGAAACGGAUCUGGAUAACCAAGAGCCGGAAUGCAAGAAAAGAAAAAUGAAUAACGAAAGUGCCAAGACAGACAAGAUGGAGGAAACUCUGACGUGCGUUAUUUGCCAGGACCUACUGUACGACUGCGUCAGCUUGCAGCCUUGCAUGCAUGUCUUCUGUGCUGCCUGUUACUCAGGCUGGAUGGAGCGGUCCUCCCUUUGCCCCACCUGUCGCUGCCCUGUGGAGAGGAUUCGAAAGAAUCACAUCCUCAACAACUUGGUGGAGGCCUACCUCACUCAGCACCCAGAGAAGUGUCGCAGUGAAGAGGAUCUGAAGAGCAUGGACAGCCGUAACAGGAUAACUCAGGACAUGUUGCAGCCAAAAGUCGAGCGCUCCUUCUCCGAUGAGGAGGGCAGCUCAGAUUACCUCUUUGAGCUGUCUGACAAUGACAGCGACUCCUCAGACUUCAGUCAACCUCUUGUGAUGUGCAGACAGUGUCCUGGCUACAGGGGUGAGGUCAGUCAUCUGCUACUGGCUACAAAUCCAAAUUUCUGGCGGCCUGGUCUGCCAGGUCCACCUACUAUACCUCCUCCACCCAGGCCGGUGGCAGAGGAGACCCCUGCAAAGCACACGGGGGACCAGCCGACAACGUCCUCAGACGCGGCCUCAGCUCCUCCAGAGUACCGCUGUCCCCCUCAGGGCUUCCAUCUCAUUUGCACCUGCUGCUUCCAGCCAAUGCCAGACAGACGGGCUGAGCUCCACAGCCAGCAGGUUGCAGCUCAGCAGUGUAUGCUGUGCCAGCGACCCUUUUGUCACAUGUACUGGGGUUGCCAGAGGAUUGGCUGUCAAGGCUGCUUGGCUCCGUUCAGUGAGUUUAAUCUGACAGACAAUUGUUUGGAUGGUGUGCUUAACCAUAAUAACUACGAGUCUGAGAUUCUUCAGAACUACCUGUCCUCUAAAGGGAAGUCCUGGAAGGAUCUGCUUCAGGAGGCUCUGCGGGGCUUAGAGCAGGGAACCUACACUCUGACAGAUGGCCGCAUCUCUGCAAGCACCAUCCUGUGCUUCUGCUGUGGCGUGGUGGCAUUUAAGGAGCUGGCCUACAAGUACAGACAGAACAUCCCUGCAUCUGAACUGCCAGCUGCCGUUACAGCUCGGCCCGACUGUUAUUGGGGGCGAAACUGUCGCACGCAAGUAAAGGCACAUCAUGCAAUGAAAUUCAACCACAUAUGUGAGCAGACACGUUUUAAGAGCUGAAGGAGCAGAGGGACUUCUUUCUUCCCCUCGCUGUCAAAUUUGUGCUUUGAAGAGGCAUUGUUUUGAUGAAAAAAAUGUUUGCCCAUUUGAGCUUUUAGCCUUCCAGACAUUAUGCAAUAAUCACAUGCAGAAAUUACAAUCAGUAUCCAUAUACAGUAAGUAGUGUCCACGUGACACUACUGUGGUAAAGUAAUGCUAUGCACAUUUAGAAUCCAAGUUCAGCGUUUAGAGUUUCAAGCUGCUCUAGGUGGGAAUUUAAAACCACUUACCAUUCAGACUGGGAAUUGUUUUGUGUGUGGGUAACCAACCAGCAUUGGUGAUGGAAUCAUUUAUUUGUUUGGAUAACAGGUGCUUUCUGAUGUGACCUAAAAACAGCCAUAUGACAAAAAAACCUGAGUAAGAGCAUCUCAGGCAAUCCGCUGUGGAUUACAGCCUUACACUGUACAAAACUGCAUUCCUCAGGUAUUUUGUAAUUUGCAGAGCAACUUACCAAUAUUUGGAAACAUCUCUCCUGAUUGUAAACUUCUCACCUGAAUCAUCUGGAGGAGCAAGUCAACCAAUAUUGCAACCCCUUAGUAUGAGCAACUAGGUGACACAUAGUUCUUUAAUCAGAACUGAAAAACUAGAGUAAUCAGAAACAUACAGAGCAUUGUCGUAUACACGUACAUAUGUCUGGAAGCAAGCUGAUAAUGGUGAAUACAAAUCUAGCAAAAAUUUUCAGAGUUUCAAACUUAAUUUAAAAUGAUCCCAAACACACACCCCUCAAGUUGUGGGCUGUGUCUAAUGCAACAUAGUUUCAGAUGGCGAGAAAGGACUAGUUUCAUAUUGAAUGCCAUUAAAAAGGCACGUGCAAAAUAAAAUAAAUGAAUAAUUGCAUAAUAAAGUAAAGACACGAUAGCAUUUUUUUUUUUCUUGUUUAUAGCAAACAUUGGGUAAAAGCAGUUGGACAGGAUUUAUUUAAUGAUAUAGUUCAUUAAUGUACUUGUUUUUGUGUACUGUGUGUACAUUUACACACUGUUUUUGUAAAUAUAGGUCAUUCUCCAGAGUGUCUGAGGCUUGAUGUAUAUUUACCUAAUUACAUAAGAAAUUACUGUUUAGAAUCGGGGGCUUCCUGCAACAUAAUGUUUAAUCAGAGCAAAGUCAUUCUGGUAUUGCAAUGAUAGUGUUACUCAGACACAAGCUGCUUCAAACUUUGGACAGUGUGUGGAACUGUCUCAUCUCUGCAACUAUUCUGCACACUUUAGACACUGAUGGAACUUGUCAUGUAAAGUUUUUGUAAGUGCUGUAAUGAUGAUGGUGUAUCGUCAUAAAGAUAAUUUCGCAAUAGGGUAGGUUUUCUCUUCAGUUCCCUGAUUACGCCAUAAUAGGAGGGAAAUGAGCUGCUCUGAGCAACAAGUAGUGCUUAAAUGGUCAAGCUGACACUGGAAAGAACCGAGAGUUUUGUAGAAAUAUGCCAGUGCAAAUGCCACAGCACGUCUUCUAAAAUGUGUUUUCCAGUUCAAGGUUUCCUUGCAAGAAUGUGGGAGGUUUGUUCAGGUUGUGUUGGUCAAACCCAGUUCCUCAGGUUCACAAAGCUGUUGAUUUAAGUGCAGGUUCUCCAUGUUUGGUGGGCAGAGGUAGUUCUGUAAAAGCUGUGACAGAACGGUCUCGUAGCUGAAGGCAUCUCAUCCAAGAUUAUCAUCACCCAAGUGUAGACAUGGUUUCAAGAGGCCUUAUAAGUAUAUAGAAAGAUGAUGAUUUUGUAAUGGGUAGAAAUGAUGACGUAGACUUUGGAUUAUGUCUAGUGCAUUUAGUUUGAUUUUGUUUUGAUGAAAAUGUACUAAAGAUGUCUCUUGUGUCAAAAAUGUCAACGCAUCCCUUUUUACGUCUACAUGGUUAUGAUCACAGCUUCUUUGAGGUGUAUGUGAUGUCAAUAGGUUCAUGAUGUGUAACUCAGACCAAGAUAAUCGGCACCAAAUGGGAAAUUGUUAAUUAUGGUAAAUAUUUUUUUAUGCGUAGUAUUAACACUAGCCAUAUUGAAUAUUAAGACUGUACUGUUUUUGGAAUGUAGCGCUUUAUUGUUAGUCACGGUGGCAACAUGGGCUGGCCUCUCCCUGAGCGCCUUAGUUAAUUUGUGGUGUUAGUGAGGUGGUUUAGGAGAUCUUGCUUUCUGUUUUUUAGCCCCUCAUUCAUUGUGGGUCCACACUGGCAUUCCAUAGCAGCUCAGGCUCACUCAGCACAAGCCUGGCCGAUCCCCCGACAGAGUGGCGGAGUUUUAAUUAUUCCCUACAGGAAAUCUGGGCACCCUAAGCCAACAACAGUCUCAAGGCGCUCCAAUCAAGAAUUUAUAUUAAAGAAGCUUUGGUGCAGUGCUUUGCAUUCUCCUCGUGUGUGUGUGUGUGUGUGAGCGUGUGUGGGGCAUGUUGUGUACUAAGGCAAAUAUUUACUCACCUCGUGUGCGAAGGUCUGGACCAAGCUGCUCAGCAGUACGGAGGAGGCAGGUUUCAUUCUACCUCAUCACAGCUUCCAGGAGUAUGGGAGGCUGGACAGGUGUCGGCCGCGUUGGUUCAAAGCUGGCCGUUCAUCUGAGCGAGGUCUGGUUGUCCUUACUGAUGCCUGUGAACUUUAUACGCAAUGCACUAUGUGAAAAAUUAGUCUCCACUAUAAUCAAAGUAACUAGUUAAACGACUACAGAUUAGCAGUAGGUAUAUGCAAACAUUGAGUCUAGGGAACAUGGUUCUGUACUCUUGUAUUAGCUGUGCUAAAACACAUGUAUCUGAUUUUGUCUGUUUUGAUUAAAAGACGGAAACUCA